UGCACCCCGUUGUUGGGUUCUAGCUUCAUGCAUUGUCAGUACACUUGAAAUUAACCAAACAGCAGAAAAGAACCCGGGAUGGUAGGGAGAGAGCGGGAGAGACCCAGGCUAGAUAGUGCAGACUUAUUCUUUCCGGGUGCAAGCUCAAGGACCACCCAGCUACAGACUGGGGCUCAGCCAGCAGGAGUGAAUCCCCGCCGAUGUUUUGACUUUCCUCGGCUUCCUCGCUUAGCUGUCCACGCUGAUGCCUGUUUUCUUUAUACAAAACAACUCAGGCUUUAGAGACUUUCUAGAGUCCAAAAGACGUCAGAGAACCGGCAUGGACAGAAUGAAGGGCUCAGGGCCUAGUCCGUAAACCGAGGUCUUGAGUCGAACAGAGCUAGCGUCUUCUGGGCUCCGGCUUUUAAUUGAGCCGCCCCGUCGGGUUAAGUGGGGCCUCCGGGAAAAGGACCCGUUUGUUUUCUGCCCCACCCCCUCCCAAAAUGGCAGCCUCCAGUCGGGCACAAGUAUUAGAUCUCUACCGGGUGAUGCUGAGAGAGAGCGGCAAGUUCACCUCCUACAACUACAGAACUUAUGCCAUCAGAAGGAUAAGAGAAGCCUUCAGAGAAAAUAAAAAUGUAAAGGAUUCUGCACAAAUACAAAUUCUAGUGAAUAAAGCCAAAAGAAACCUAGAAAUAAUUCAACGACAGCCAGAAAUCUCUACAUUCCAUCAUGGAUAAAUGAUGAGAGAAGUACAUGCUAGAAUGAGUCCAGCUUCACUGGUGCCCCUAAAGACACAAUUAACCUCAGGAAAAUAAAGUCCUGCUUUUAAGAAACAAGGUGAGGUGUGGGCAUUCUUGUGUGUUUAACCUCAAAAGGAUUGAAUUAGAGUCAAGUAAGACAUCUAAUCAUGGUGGGUGAUUGCCUUUAGCCUUUAUUCUCAUUAGCUACUCUUGAGAUGAUUAUUCUCUUUAAAAAAAUCUAUCAAAAUUGCUAUCAUAGAAGCUCCAUUAGUUUGUUAUAAUUCUGUUAUUUCCCUUCUCAUAAGAUUUGUAAGUAUCUUUGGCUUAAAUAAAUAUGAUAUAUCAUUGUAUGCCACUAUUAUAAAUAGGCUAUAAAAUUUAGUUAAUAUGGUAGUUAGAAUUGGGAACAAAAGUAUGAAAUCAUGAAAUCUAGAGAUCUCUAGACUGAGAAACAAGAUAUCUGAAUUCCAGUCCUGAUUAUACUACCAGUAAGUGGUAAGAUUGUAAUCUUUGUGACCUUAAGCAAAUAUUUUUGCUACUCUGAGUCUCAGCUUUCUACUGAGGGGAUUGAUCCAAUUAUAUCUAAACCACCUUAUAGCUCUAACUUUCUUGCUGUGGCUUUUAUUUAAUCUGUUAUCACUCCUUUUUCAAGGAUAUUGGGAGGGGGGAUUAUGACUUUCAUUUUCUCCAUGACAAUAAAACAACAGAACAAUAGAACAAAAUUUAUUUCAUAGAGGAAUUCAAGAUUAAUAUUUACAAAAGAAAUAAAGUUUACCAAGCACUUUGAAGUCUUUGGCAGCUUUGUACUCUGGAACCUUUUUUUCUGGUUUGGGGAAAGAGAGGGAAGAAACUUGAGGAAAGUUCUUCUGAUGCUUUUGCAUUGUAAGAUUUUCAGGUGAUCCUUGAAUGGUUUCCCUAGUACAGGAAACAGUGUUUGAUAAAAUUUCUGUAUCAAAAUAAAGAACAAGUUUAUAAUUUGCUAGCUAAACACAAACAGAAAAAGUUUUGUGUGGUGAUAGAUAAAUGCAGAUGGAAGUACUGAACUGGAUGUACUCUACUCCUAGUUCAUCUCGGGACUCAUUCCUCUGGAACCCCUCUUAUACUCAUAUGUUCACAGUCCAUGAAAAAAGACAAUCAGUUUUACAUAAUUGACUGUUUUCUGCCAUCUUUGCUAUUUGUUCACAAGCUAACAUUUUUUAAUUGAAUAAUUCAAAUACUGAGUGCAUCUGACAUUAAAAUUUUGAACCUGCAUUUUAAAAGCAGCUAAAAACAGACCUCAUGUAAAGCAUUAAAACAUAAAAGCAAUGAAGCAGAUAUUGCAUGUAGGGGGAAUUUUUGUUGAUUUUUUGUUUUCAGUAUAUUGUAGUUCAUCUUUGAAUUUCUUCUUUUGGCAUAUCUGUAGAAGUGAAGUAAUAUACCCAAUUCAGUAGUGCUUUCUGGAUCCUCAGAAAUCAAAACUAUUAUUGCUUUUAUGUGCUAAUUUAUGAUUUAGCUUUAAAAGUGACCAUUGAAAAGUAAUGUCCCUAAAUAACUAUUUGAAUGUGCCUAGUGGGAAACGAGAAACUAGUGAUUAAUGACUGUCAUCACUUGUCAUUCCAUGUAGUAUCUACCUUAAAGGCCAUAACCAGUACUUAUAAGUUGAUAAGGAAGAAGUAGAAUUGCUUAUCCACAGUCCUUUCAUUCCAGUCAAAUAAUUGAAUUGUUCCCAGCCCUUUUGAAAAGUAAUAAGAUGAGUACUUCCUCCUCUUCUUUACAAGGGUGGAUGACUAUGAAUGUGAAAUGUCUCAUGUGAUAUCAGACUUGUUCAUUAGUUUUGCUGAACUGUUUUUUCUUCUUCCUAAUCUUUAUUAUUAAGGAUGCCUCUGUGAAGCGGGAGGAGUGGAAGAUAUACAUUAAGAAUUUCUCAAAUUUAUUGGUUAGGAAAAAAUAACAAUAAAAAAAAGGAAAUCAUCUCCUGGUGAGCAUUCAAAUUCAAAGAUUCAGAGCCAUCAGUUGAGAACAUUUUCAGUCUUCUUCAGCAAUGAGACUUAGGGCUCUAAGCAAUUUUACACAUGUGACUUUGGGCAAAUCACUACCUUUCUAACUAUAAGUUUCCUCAUCUGCAAAAUGAGGGGAUGAGUGGCCACAAUGAGAAAAAUGAAAAAAAUCAUCUGACCUUGAUUAACUAAAAGUGAAGAACAAAAAGAGAGCAAUGUAGUGAGUGUCAAGCCCACAUUGGGUGAACCAAUGAGGAACACUAAAGAAUAGUAUUGUAUUGUGAUAGAGAAUUGUUUGACAGAAAGAAAAAACAUGAGGUAGCCAUGUGGCAAAAGCAGGGAAUGACAGAUAGUAGUACCAUUUAUACCUUUGUAAUGUCAGGAGAAAAGGAAAAAAAGCUUCCAAUGUGUUUAGGUGUAACCUCUGUAGAGAACUUAUUUACCAAGAUGAUCAGACAUGGAUCUUCAUUUUUUGAGGGAAUUCAUGGAUCCUUGAGCUCAUAGAGCUAUAUAAAUGUUUUAGGGGAAAGAGCUAUAAGUCCAUAUUUUCCUUCCUGUUCUCUCUUAAGGACCUUGCCUCAUUGGAUUUAAGUAGAUUUCAGUAGGGUCCCCUUUGGCAAUUGAAGAAGAGGUUUGGAGUGCCAUUAGUCUCUUCUCUUGUGGCAAAGCUGGUGAAGGAAAUACGUUGUCUUGUGACAAUCACAAGGAGGUCUCUCUCUCUUUCUCUCUUAGUCAUUGUUGGCAAGACAAUGUCCUCCUUAAUAAACUGAUCCUUCCCCUGGAAAAUGGUCUUCUAUCCAAGAGCCAGUGUGGCUUGAGAAAGGGCCAAGGGCUCUUCCAGAAAGGGCAAACUUCAUAUCAUGAUGUUCCAGGAGAAAUGCCAAGAGCAGAACAGAGGUGUGUACACCACAUAGGUCAUUCUGACCCAAGCCUUUGAUACUGUCAGUCAUGAGGCUGCUUGUGGAAUAGUAUGAGAAAAUUUGGUUGUUUGCAUAAAUUUAUCAGUAUUGUACAUCACUUUCAUGAUCACACUUCAUCAUGUGCUUGCAUGGGUUUUGGAUAAUGGGACAAUGCUCUUUUACUUUCCUGCUCACCAUGUGCUUGCUCCCAUGCUUUUUAGCAUGAUGUUUUCAACACUGUUGUCAGAUGCCUUUAAUGAAAAGGAAAAUGACAUCAAAGUCACCUACCACUCCGUCAGUAAUUAUUUAACUUGAAAAAGCUACAAGCCAUGAUUAAAGUAGAGGUAGAGUUGGUUAAAAAAAAAAAAAUUAUUCAUGGGUGACUGUGCACUCAGUGCAGUCUCUGAGGCUGAUAUACAACAAAAUAUGGAUCGUUUCUCUGCCACUUGUGCAAAUUUUGGCCUAACAAUUACCACUAAGAAAGCACAGGUUCACCAGCAGCCAUCAGUACACUAGUCAUAACCACUGUCUACACCAAAGAAGAAAUUUUCAGUGUUGUGAAUAAGUUCACUUACCGUGGGCAGUAUACUUUCCAGGGAUGUACACAUAGAUGAUGAGGUUAAUGUAUGUGUUGUCAGAGUUAGUUCAGUAUUUGGAAAACUGAAGAAAAGUAUGGGAAAGAUGAGGUUAUAGGAUGCCUAGCAAACCAAAAGUCCGAGCCAUUGUGCUGACCUCGUUAUUAUGUGUCUCUGAAACCUGAACAGUAUACCAGCGCCAUGCCAGGAAACUGAAUCACUUCCCUUUGAAUUGUCCUAGAAAGAUUCUGAAUAUCACCCAGUAGAAUAAGCUGCCAGACACUGAAGUCCUUUCUCAAGCUGAACUGUCAAACAUUCAAAUACUCCUGCAAUAAGAGCAGCUCCAGUGGGCUGCCCAUAUUGAAAUCCAAAUGUAUGUUUGCCUAAAAGACCACAGAGAACUGACACAAGACAGGCGCUCACCUGGAGGUCAGGAGAGAUAAAAGGACACUCUCAAGGUCUCUCUGAAGAACCUUAAGAUCAGUUGUGUGAGAUGCUGGUAAAGGCAUACGCAGCAUGGCUUACCCACAUCACAGAAGAUGUUGCACUCAGUAAGCAAAGCAGAAUAGUAGUUCAAAAGAUUCAUGAGAUGUGCAGAUUUAGGACCUCUCUACUCCAGAAGUUCACAUGGACUAUUUGUGGGCAAUCUGUGGUAGAGCCUGCUAAGCUCAUGUUGGUCUGAUCAACCAUAGUCAGACACACUGUACCUUGACUCCAAUAUAGUGAUGUCAAUUUGGUCCUCUUCAAAAACAAAGGACUCUUGUAGCUCAUCCCUAAGCCAGAAGCCAGAAGCCAGGCCAGGAAAGAAAACUCACUUAGUCAUGUUUUCCAGUAUUGUUUCCUUCCCAUUUAUAUAAAGUCCCCAAGCAUAUCAAACUCCCAUUAGUCCCGAUUUCUUCAAUGAGGAUAAAGUUGCACUUGGAAAGGAAGUCACUCUUCAUUGGUUCUUAGGGUCUGUGUUGGGUGAUGUUCCUGGCUCUGAUCUUCCAUAUUUUCUAACAUUUCAUUGCUUUCCUUGACCCUGACUCAUUUCUGUCUUCUCUAUCACCUCUCUUGAUAAGAUCUAAAAGAGAAAAAAAAAAAUCAGGAAGAACAAACCAAAAAAAUUCAUUCCACCAACUAAUAAAGUAAAUGUACAUUGGACUGAGCAUCAGAAGACUUGAAUUCAAGGUCUCAUUUUGACAUUUCCUAGCAGUAUUCCAGGUAGGAGUCAUUUAACAUAUGUAAACAUUAGUUUUCUCAUUUGGAAAAUGGAAGGUAACAAUACUGUCACUUUCCACAUCAGGUGGUUGUUAUCAGGAAGGUCCUUUUUAGAUUCCAAAAUGUUAGUACAAAUGUUAUUGUUGAUUAGAAAAGUAGUAUAAUACAGUGGAAAGAACUUUAACUCCAAAGACAGAGGCUGUUGGAAUCCUAGUGUCAACUCAACUUGAAACAAGGUGAAAACUCAA